AUGGCUUUCCAGUUAUAUCCAACUAAAUUUUGCUCGGAUGCAUUGCGCAGAUUUCUCUCAACUUCUCAUGUUAGGAACAAAAAAGAAGUAAAGUAUGCAGUGGAUAAAAAUGUGACAACGGUUGAAGGAGUACUUGUCCCGUCAGAACGUGAAGGCAAAGUUGUAUGCUUGGAUGGUUUUGGUGACCCUCGAGAUAGAGAUCCAAUUAGUCGAUUGGGUUUAAAUAUUCGUCACACAGAUGUCCGAAUAUUAUCACAGUUUCUAAGACCUGAUGGAACUGUUCUUCCUAGACGUAUUUCAGGUAUAAGCUGUCGGUCGCAAAUCCAUCUGGAACUAAUGAUUGAACGCGCAAGGAAGGCUGGCUUACUACCUGUACAAAUCAAACCAGAUGGAGUCACGUGUAUGAAAGACGUGGUCGUCAUCGAUUCAAUGUGUAUUAUGAUAGUGAGAUGA